AUGAGCAACGUCGACAUCCCAGACUUCCUUGCCGAGCAGCGUGAUGAAGCUCCCGAGGAGCUUCAACCCCUCAUUCUCGACUUCGAGAAUUAUUGGGAGCGUAAACUCUGGCACCAGCUUACUGAUGCCCUUGUCGAAUUCUUCAGUCAUGCGGACAGCGCUCCCCAACGACUAGCAUUCUACAGAGUCUUUAUUCUGAAGUUCGCCGACAAGAUCAACCAACUGAAGCUGGUGGACCUUGCCCUGAAAGCGGCAACAGAGUGCGAAGAAGAUGAGGAACGCCUGGCAUUCUUGCAAUCGGUUGCUAAGAAGGUUGACAACGAAAACUCUCAGGAUGCUUACGUCUUUGCUUUGGUCGCCGUUGCGCAAGCAAAAUUAGACCUGGAUGAGCUAGAUGGUGCGCGAAAGGACUUGGACACAGCUGAGAGGAUACUGGACUCCUUUGACUCUGUCGAAAACGUAGUCCAUGCUGCUUUCUACGACGCCAACGCCAUCUAUUAUCAGCGCAAGAUGGACUUCUCCAACUACUACCGCACUGCCCUUCUCUACCUUGCCUGCAUCGACCUCAACGCAUUAUCCCCCGAAGAGCGACACAAGCGGGCAUACCACCUCAGUAUUGCUGCCCUCGUCUCGACCAGCAUCUACAACUUUGGAGAGCUUUUGUUGCACCCUAUUCUUGACGUCCUUAGAAAGAGCGAGCAUGCUUGGAUGCGAGAUCUGCUCUUUGCUUUUAACCGCGGAGAUCUCGCAGCUUAUGAUCAACUGUCGGAUCGCGUGGAUUCCAACAAGCUUCUCAAGAGCAACGCCAUGCAUCUCCGUCAGAAGAUUUACCUUUCUGCUCUCACUGAGACCGUCUUCCGCCGACCCCCGCAUGAUCGUACCCUAACCUUCACCGCCAUUGCACAAGAAACCAAGGUCCGACCAGAGGAAAUUGAGCAUCUCAUCAUGAAGGCUCUAAGCCUGGGUCUGCUUCGAGGCACUAUCGAUCAGGUGGACGGUGUGGCUCAAAUCACUUGGGUUCAGCCCAAGGUGCUCGACAUGAAGCAGAUCGCCGCAAUGCGUGAGCGACUUCUUGAUUGGGACUCUAGCGUCAAUCAGCUCGGCAAUUGGAUCGAGUCGGCUGGCAAAGAUGUGUGGGCUGCUUAA